CGGGUUUUCUUGCUCGCGUGAUUUGAUUCCCCCUUUGCAUAACACGAUAACAGGCUCUUGACACUUACCUGACUCUCUAUCAAACGCCUGACUGUGCAUCCUGUUCAUAAGUGAGUUUUUAUCAUUUCUUUGGGAAGAAUUUGAGUGGCAAGGUGAGCUCCGUCGACUCAUCGUCAACCUGCCUAGAGUCGAGUGUUGUGGCUGUGCACCUCCCUCCAUCAUCACCAUGGCUCCCGAGCGGCGUGUACCCAUCCAGAAGUCCGAGCUCAGCAUCCUGGACAACGAGUUCAGCUCGAUCCGGGAACGUUUCGAGGCCGAGAUGAAGAAGAUGGAGGAGGAGAUGUCCCGCUUCCGCUCCCAGUUGCUGGACCACGAGCGGGACUUCUUCUCCAGGGCCCCUGGCUCGCAGACUGGCCUUGGUACGGGCAGCAAGACGUGGCUGGACGGCAUGAACUCGCCCCUGAUCCAGGAUGCCGAGGACGGCAGCAAGCAGCUCAAGCUCCGCUUCGACGUUUCCCAGUAUGUUCCGGAGGAGAUCGUCGUAAAGACCGUGGACAACCGGCUCCAGGUCCACGCCAAGCACGAGGAGAAGUCCGAGAACCGCUCGGUGUACCGCGAGUACAACCGGGAGUUCCUGCUGCCCAAGGGCACCAACCCAGAGCAGAUCCGCUCAUCGCUCUCCAAGGAUGGCAUCCUGACGAUAGAGGCGCCCCUGCCAGCACUCGAGGCGCCCAACCGGGAGCGCACAAUCCCCAUCGACAAAAAGUAGACUGCGCCCUUUUCGGUCGAUGCAUGCCUGCCGCUUUCGGAGCUUCCUUGGCAGCUAUAGGCCUUUUCUAGUGACCUUUCCGUGUUUUUUUUCUUUCCUCGUCUAAGAGGUGCCUUUCUCGCGAGCCUGUUUUAGCUCACUCCGGGACCAUAGUUUGGAUUGUACACCGCAACUGCUUUCCGGCCAGCACGUGAGUGUCCUAGGUGGCAGAACUGCUUCUGGCCCCCGAGCCGCUUGUCGUCUUCGUUGUGCGACGGGCCUCCUCCGCCCGCAGCGGCGAAAGGCCAGUUGGUACGACACGUCGCCACGCAGCUGUUGAAAGCCUGUGUGUGCAGAGAAUAAAAAUUUCUGUUGACCCCCUC